AUGGCUCGGGACCUGGCGGGCUACAAGGUGGACGUCGCCGCACUCAGCGAGACCCGAUUCUCUGAACAAGGCAAACUGGAGGAGGUGGGUGCCGGCUACACCUUCUUCUGGAGCGGUCGUUCCAAGGCAGAGAGACGGGACGCUGGUAUCGUCUUUGCCAUUUAGAACGGCAUCAUGGGACGACUGAUCUGUCUGCUGCAGGGCGUCAACGGUCGUCUGAUGAGCCUCCGCCGGUCUCUCCGGGGAGGCAAAUUCGCUAUCAUCGUCAGCACCUACGCUUCCCCAAUGAUCAGUCCUGACGCUGCAAGGGGCAAAUUCCACGAGGACCUGCAUGCCCUCCUAGCAACUGUGCCGAAGGCGGAUAAGUGGUGA